UGACGAGUUGCCUUCGCUUUUCGAUGAAUCGAAUCCUACUCAGCCAGCUUAGUUAGGAGAUCCUUCAUUUUUCCACGGAAGAGCUCACAAAAACAAACUCAAACACGAAAAAUUUGUACCGCAUACUAGUAACCACCAUACGAUUCAAGAUAUUCGCUGAACCAUCAUGCCAAGAUUGUCAUUCGGACGCAAAUCACAGCAGCUGCUACAGCAACCCCAGAAGAGACAGUCACGGAAUAAGCCAGAGGGAGAAAUGAACAUCUUCUGCUGUUCUGACCUUGUUAGUCGAAACUUUGUUGCUGACAAGUUGAAGGAUGUGAAGCAAGACGCAAACAUUGUGAAGCUGGAAGUCGAAGAUCUCCUCAUGGCAACAUCUUACCACUCUUUGCUCCCGAAAGUGAAGGCAUUGUUGAUCCAGGAUGAUCGUUCAUGGAAAAGAAUCGAUUUCAUUGACUCCCUGUGCUCCAGCGACUUUUCAGUUUGGCAAGCCGUGAAACAGAAAGUCAUGAACGAGUAUGAGAGCUCAAUCGAUAAUACCUGCAGCUAUACCAACUGUGUCAGCUUUCGAGCCACAGUGGAAGUGAACGAGGGUACAGCCAAGCACUCGACCAUCAGCCUUUUGAACUCUCUCCAGAGAGAUCAAGACGUGAAAGAUAUCAGCUAUGGAGGCGGCCUUUAUGGGCACAACCAUGAUGCGAUUCCUGGAACCCUCAAACGUAGCUUUGAUGAAGACGGCAAUUUGAAGAAGAGCUUUGUAGUGCACAUCAAGUGUGGGUGGUCCAAUGCAGGAGACCGCUCUGAUCGUUUAUGGAAAGCAACACUGCAGUCUUGUCUGAACAACCUCCAGGGUAUCGAGGAAGGUGCGUUGCCAUCCCUUUCAGACCAUUCCGAAGAUGUCGGCUCGCAAGCUGGACACAGGAUGCAGAGACGCCACAAUGCGCUCCAGUUGGGCAAAGGUAUUGAUGAGAAACCUCUUAAAGGGCACGGUAUGUUUGGUGGUUUUGAACCGAGGUUGAGCAUCCUGUCCAAGGUCGGUUUAUCGGAAUCAACUCGUACUUCAAAGACCAAGUUGCGGCGCUUCAAGAGCGUGGAUGACAGUGAUCUCAGACGAAGUGAACACAAAAAAGCUCCGAUGAGCAACCUUUCAUCUCGACGACCUGUUCGUAGAUGCAUCAGCACGGACAAUGAUGUGUCUCCCGUGCGGCGAAUAUGCGAGGGAAGUAAGAAGGCCAAGAGUCCCAAACGACAGUCUCAAUCACCUCGACGUGUUCCCCGCCGAAGCAAUACUUUAGAUUCUGUCGAGUCUCCGGUGUGCAAGAGUGAAGGGUGCAAGAAAACCGAUAGUACCAAACAAGAAUCCAAGACGGGAAGUCUUUCGUCUCGAAGAUCACCCCGGCGAUGUAACAGUAUGGACAACGAUGGGUCUCCAGUUCGACGACGCACCGUUGAAAGGCGAAAGAACACGAACAGUCCUCAGCAAGAAUCCAAUAUGGAGAACGUGUCGACUCGAAGAGCACCCAGGCGAAGUAUCAGUAUGGACAACGAAGGGUCUCCAGUUCGACGAAGCACAAUUCAAAGGCGCGAAAACGUCGACGCGGGAAGCCUCAAACAACACUCCCCGACACGUCGAGUCAUUGGUCGGCAACCUGAAGUGGAGCACGCGAGAACCAACCUUAUUCCAAGCGCCGCAUAGAAAAAAAGCGAAGCACGGAACAGAUCUGCACCUAUUCUUAGUUUUGUCUAAAAAUCUACACACGAAAGCGAUUUGUUCAAUUCCAAGAGUACAUAUAUACCGAUGCCGGUAGACCCACAUAACGUAGCGGUCUUUCACUUUGUCGCCAGUGGGAACUUUUGCACAAAAUCAAUCUUCAUCUUGGGAUCCACAUUGUCUGAUCCCCUCCCUUCUAGCUCUCCCGUGGUCAUCUCAGCGGGUGGUCCCAGCAUGGCCGAUCCAGGACCAAACGUAUCCAGCUCUGACUCACCAAAGAAUAGCGACCUCGAUCGAUUCCGAAGCACUGGAAUCUUGAGGUAGCGCAGUUCUUUUCGGAUCAAUUCGCAACGUUCCAUGUUGCGCAGGGAAGCCAAGCUACUUUGGAACCGAUCACCAACUGACCCAACUCGGUACUGCACUGUAGUAUCAUUGGGUGUGAAGUAGAACUCUCCGAUCGAUGGUUCUCCUGAUGCUUUGUCCGUGAAAAGAACCCGGAGAUAGCGACCUUCCUUCAGCUCGAUGUCCACCUUGUCGCCACGACGGGCACUCACUAAUUGAAUGGCUGGAACCAAUAUCCUCAUUUGAUCUUCCCAAUCGAGCGAAUUGUUAGGUGCCUCCGAGUAGUCCCAACUGUUG